UUUUUUAACCUUCAAAAUAUCCUUAAUUCCUUACAUUGAAUUGUUAGCAGCAAUACUACGUCCAUUUUGUAAACAACAUUAGAACACUAGUAAAUGAAGACAGCCGUGUCUAUCGGUUUUAUCUCGCUAAGCUUGGCGGGGGUGGAGGUUUAUGUUUGUUGCCUGUGUUCGUAUUGGAGACACCCGCAUGAAUUUUAUAUUACCCGCCAAAAUUGAGGUGUAAUUUCAGUGUAUAAAAGUAGAUAAUUCAAAGCUGCUACUACCUUGAAAACAUAGUCCAAAGUCGUUGAUAAUGAAGAAGAAACCUCAUACAACUCUGUUUCCUCUCCAUCUUUCUUCUUCUCAUUUACCAUAAUUCCAAAACCAUGCCGGCCUCGUGUAUCAUCUGCUCUCAAUCUCCUCUUCUCGCUUUCUCCUUUGUUAUCAUCAAAAUGCUCCAUAUACAGACCCGUCUCUACUAUGCCACCUAGAUUUUCACGAAAAAAGAAAAAGAAAGCAUAGACUUCGACUCAACUGCUGAGACGCGAUGGGUUGUGCUCUGGCAAAGCCUCCCAAGUACUCUCCCCCUCGACGCAUUGAGAAGUUGAAAUCGGAGAAUGGGUAUGUUGGGGGAGGGAGACCCAUUGAUCGCAACCAGCUUCCGAAGGACUCAGCCGCUGCGGUGCCCAUAAACUGCCAAGUCGAAGAUAAGCAUAUUGUGGGUGGGGUGAAUGCUGAAAGGCGCGGUGGGGGAGACAGGGUGGUUGUGAGAGACCGAGAGGAGAAGAGUGGAAAUGCUUCGAAGAGGGUUCGGUCUAAGAAGAUUGGAGGGGAUGAGCUUGUGGGUGGGUGGCCUAAGUGGCUUGUUGAUAAUGUAUCUGGAGAUUUGCUGUCGGGUUUGGUUUCCAAGAGCGCCGAUUCCUAUGAUAAACUUGCUAAGGUUAGUAUAUUGGUGAUAUUGAUUAGAUCCUUCUGUUAUUAGAA